AUGUAUGUACAAGAAUAUGAUGAAUAUUGUCCUGCAUCAAAUACACGUCGUGUUUAUAUAUCAUAUCUAGAUACAGUACAUUUUUUUUUGGGCCGAAACUUUAUCGUCAAGGUGUAUAUCAUGAAAUUUCAAAUUGCUUAUUUGGAUUAUGCUAAACAACAUGGAUAUAUGCAUGGCCAUAUAUGGGCUCGUCCAGCAAGUGAAGAUGUUGAUUAUAUAUUUCAUUGUCAUCUACCUGAACAGCAUUUACCGAAAUAA